AUGUCUCCCUCCAACGGGCCCUCCCGUAGCGCUCCUCCCUCCCAAGCACCAUCCCCCUCCCACGAUGGAGAGCCAAGCCCCUCCAAGCCCCUCCCAGUUCUCCCAGCUAUGGAGAAUCCCCACCCGCCCACGGGCCGCGCAGCCCCCCGCUCUCGCAGCGCCGUGACAGGAAACCCGGGCACCUCACAGUCUGUACCCGUGCCCGACGAAACUUCAUCACAGGAAACUAUCGCAAUCGUCACGAUCACGCCCCCGCCCACCCACAAGCCACCCAAGCGUGGUCGUCCCCGCAAGAACGCUGAGGCGAAGCCAUCGUCGACGGUACAGAAAACCCUCCUGCCCGACACGGCCACCCCCAAGCGCAAGCGCGACCGUCCGACCAAGAACACCGGGGCUGGGCGAUCGGUCCCCAACCCUGCACAGAACAGCCUCCCAUCUACCAAGCCCAGCACGCCGCCGAAAACCCCCAGAAAGCGCGCCCGCCAGUCCAAGAACGCCAAGACCUCCACAUCAGUCUCCAACUCCACAGCAAUUCCUAUCUCGCCAACCUCUUCCAAGAAGCCGAUCGAGUCGUUGCCCGCAACCCCUGCAAAGCCGCCCCAGCUCCCCGACAAGCCGUCGCAGCCUCAGAGCCAGCCUGUGCGGCACGGAGAGCCGAUUGGCCUGGAACCCAGCUCCAUGGCCUCAUCCUCAUCUCACUGGAUGCACCAGCCCGGUGCAUCAUUCUCCGGCCCCGCCCAUGGUCAGUUUGAUUUUGCCGCCCCUUCCAACUUGCCUGGGUGCGGACCAGGCCAUGGUUCCCACCCUGGCACUCACCAGCUCCGUCCGCCACCCCAGCCUCCCGUCAACCAGGUCACGAACGACGGUCAACAAGGCGUCCAAGUCUGCACCGCUCAACCUGCGCCAUGGGUUUGUGUUCCCGCGCCACCCUUGUAUGCAGCCGGGCCUCCCUACUCCCGCUUGCCACGCGAGUACGUAGGAUGGCCCGAGCGCCCCUACCCCACUCUCGACGAGCCCACGCUGAUCAAGUGGCUGCUGAACUGGAAUCCACCAGACCAGAUCCUGAUGGUCGAGGACUUCACGUUCCCAACUUGGAAGACGGAUCGGAUGCUCUCGGCAUUGGUUGGUGGCCUCCUUCGCUCGAGUCCGCCACAGGUGGUUCUCGUCGGCUCCAGGCGGUACGAGCACCUCAAGGGCACGGUCGGGGUGACGCCCGAGAACAUCCAGGGCAUGCAACUGACCUUGUGUCGGGCGGAAGAUGAGGCGGUCCUUACUCUUAACGUCGUGGGUAUGGUGUUCCAACGCUACGCUCCCGAUGUAGAGUUAAAUGAAUGGCGCUGGUACCCCAUGAGCACGGUUUUACCCCAGCCGAACGGGGAACUCCGCAUUCGUGCGUCUCGUGAGCACAUCCAGUGGCUUCGCGACAGGAUAACCAGCAUGCUGUCGCCGGUCCUCAACCAGAGGAUGCUCGACCGAGCGGCCGAGUCGGAUGCUAGCCCUUCGCGUAUCGAGCCCAUUACGCAGAACACUUCGGGCACACACCAGCCUGGGGCACUCGGCUCACCCCAAAGUGGGCCCACUGAGCCGGAACCGAGCUUCCUGCCGAUGUUGCAAGCUCAACCGGAAGCUGCUCCCAGCGGGCGACCAACGAUCGCACAGCCAGCAGUUGCUGGAACGAGCUCGCAGCCUAUGGGCGCUGGGUCUCAGCUUGUCGGGCCUGUUUCGGCUCUAGUGCACGCGACACAGGCUCCGGCCCUAAUGAGACACGAGCAGAUGAUCGAGUACGCUCUUGGGAACUUCCAGCCUGGCCCGCAUGUCCCAGCCUCCGAGCAAUCAAGCUCAUCAGCUGUGCAGAACCGCGUCCUAACACCUCGUCCACGUCGGUUAACGACGAACAACCUUCCGACUUGGCUCAAUACACCGUCAGCCAUCGAACAAUCGAUGAUGAUGGUCACUGCAUCCCCCACCACAGCUCCGCCAGUGAAGGCCCCUGCAACGGACACCGCGGCUCGAACAGUACUCAGCUCGCACGACCGGGCACAGGAUUUCAUCCCCGCCCAGCCCGUCGCGGUCGCCAAAGCGCUAGCCGCCCAGAUGCUCGCGGCUGGGACGCAGUCUGAACUAUCGGCAGCCGCGUCAGUGGCAGCUUCCCAGCCGGCCUGGUCCCCUGCAGGUGGCCCUCAGCAGCUCUCAGCAGCUGGGCCUCCCCACCUGACCCCGCUUCUGAGCGCACAGCCCUUCGUGGCCGGCCCACCAGGGCCAUCAGCCGCGACAACAACUGCAGUCGGUGCAGGCAGUUCUCAGGCGAUGUGCUUCUCGGCGCUCGGAUUCGACCAUAGGGCCCUUGGGGAGGGGUUUGGAUUCCCCAAUCACGUCCAAUUGCAAGUCCAAGCGCUAGUGGUGACUGACCCCAGCCCUGUGGUCUCGGCCUCGGUCUCAGGCCCUGGACCCAUCACGUUUGCGAGUGCCUCGGCAACCGGAAUCAGUUUCGGUGCAACACUCGAAGACGAGCCAGGCGUGGACGUACCUUUGGACGUCGACCUGUUUGCUGGUCCUUUGUCGUUUGACGAGGCAUUGUUCCGAGCCAGUUAUCCAGAACACACGCCGCCGACGUCACGAGCCAAGGCUCACGGCUACAAAGGGGGCAUGUCAGCCGACACCUCCGAUCCAGCCCUCGCUGCUGCCGCCGUUGCGCUCCACGACCCAACAGACCCCUCGUCAUGGCUCGUAGCAGCGUACGCGCCCGGCACGACAGCAAUUGUGCUACGCGCGGCAGGUGGUAGUCCCCGGUUUCCGGGAUUGCGCGACGCGAUCGAGGCGACACAGGGCGUCUCGUUCGCAUAUGCGCUCGUGCGCGACAAGGGUCUGGUCCUGCUCGUGCUUGGGGGUGUUGGUGGCGUCAAGCGAGCCAAGGCCAUUGUACACGCGCGCGCGUUCGCCGCCAUCUUCCCGGACUACCUCGCGCUCGCGACGCUCACGACGGCAGCUGAGUUGACGGACAACCUCAUCGCGGAGCGGCUUGGCAUGUUGAUUGAUAAUGUCGUCGAGCGCGGGGACGACGCUACGCCGUCGGCGUCGGCUUUCGCCACGGCGCCAUCAACCCAGCCCGCGUCGGCUCUCUCAUCCGUCCCUUCCUCUCCCGCUCCACCCCUCCCAUCCAAAUCACCAGGUCCACCUGUCCCUCCCACACGUUCCAUCCCCACGACAUCUCCCACUGAGACCUCGAGUUCCGGAUCAACACCAGGCCCAAGCUCAAGCUCAGGCCUCACUCCGCGCGGGAACGCCUUCGCGCGGUCGGCUGAGCGUGAUCUUCCCGACCUCCCGGACGAUCCAACGACCCCGCGUGCGGCCGUGCAGAUGGCUACCACAUCUUCUUCCGUUGUUGCGCCGGUUCCUCAGCGUCUGCGCAAACGGUCGGCUUCGCCGCCUCCAUCGAGCGGGAUAGAAAAGACGACACCGGCCCCUCAUUCACAUUCGCAGCCGACCUCGCCAUCAAUCCCCUCACCAGAGUCACUGCCUAGCAUGAUGUCGCACACACCCCUGACGCAGGCAGCCUCGGCUAUUCCUAUCACUCCUACGACUCCCAUCACACCCGUGACGCCCAAGGCGCCAGUCAACCCCAACGCACCCCAUCAGCUGUACCAAGGCGUCAAGGAUGCGCGCAUGCAGCCGUCCCCGAUCGACACAGCACCGAAGGACGCGCAGACGUAUCCCGAGCCUCUAUCGCGAGGGACAGCGUUCCCCGCCGCAGGCAGUCUCGUGGCAGCCGCAGCGACUGUGUUAGGCGUCCGCACUGCCACGAGCAUCCAGACCUCGAGUCCUUUGCUGUCUAGUCCGAACGCGAGCUUCCGCUCGCCGUUGUCGUCGUCCCACUCCAACUUCUCUGACUCGCCCCGGCAGCGAAGUGUCUCCAAUUCAUCUGGGCGUCUAGGGUCCGAGGCGAGCUUGACGCGGCCCCUCUCCCGCGACUCGGGUUACUGGGGUGGACGACCUCCAUCGCGAGACGCGAGUGUCCCGACGUCCGUCACCUCUGACUCGCGCCGCUCUUCACGACGCGGGAGCGACCCAUCUUUCUCGCCGAGCAUGCUAAGCCGCAUGUCGAUGGGCGACGCGCCACCCGUGCCACCUCUCCCGCAUGAGCUCCGCCGCGCCUCACGCGAACCCAUGCGCGGGGAGCCUGAGCCGCUACGCGUCGCGUCUGUUCCCAAUUCUCCGGCGAGCAGCCCGCUCAUCCACUCUCCACACUCCCGAGGUGGGUCUUCUGGAAGUCGACACAGCCACUUCAUGUCUGCCCCACUACCUGUCCCGGACCAUCCACUUCCCGCUGUUCCGACUAUCCCUAAUCCGCUUCCCAACCCAGCUGGCAUGCCGCUUGCUCCGUCGUCGGCAGUCGGUUCACCACCUGUGGGUUUUGGUUCCCCCCCAAUCCCGCAACGCUCGCGACAACGGCUGGUAUCUGGACACGGCGGCCGGCCACUGCCACCACCGUCUCCUGUCCCGGAUGGACCGCUACCGCCAGUUCCGAACGUUCCGCCGCUCUCAUCGAAGGCACCCCUCCGUCCUCCGCGCCGUGGCCUUAACGCCAGCGCCGGACCGUCGCCUGAUCCGAGCGCGGGUGGCUUCAACCAGGCCCCUCUGCCGCCACUGCCGGCUGCUGUACGCGAGGCGUCCCUCGCCAUCGCCGAUAGGGGGCAAAACUCACUCCUGUCCUCGCCGCUCGUCUCAAGCCCGCACGCGUCGCCUCGGCUCAGCGCAGAGCUAGUCAGCCCCAUGAGUCCCGGCUCGAGAGUCGGCUCGGGCUCGGGUGCCUUCUUCUCUGCGCGUAGCAGCAUGGUGGCGCGGCCUGAUUCGGAGCGCGACCCUAGUAGGCUCGACUCGUUGCGCAGCUCCAUGAGAUACGACUCGGGUCCCGAGACAUCAAGGGGCGAGAGGAGCGACUCGACCAGACGCGACUCUGGCCGGCCCAUUAGCACCAUGCUCCCGUAUGCGCAGUCCGAGAGCCGUGAGGCGUCGUCUUGUCAAUCCGAGGAGCAGCGGGCUGUGACGUCAUCGGCUGCAUGGGGGCUUGGCCUGGGUAUAACCUCCGUCGAUCUCUCGACGCCAGUGCGUGAGCGUAGCCUCGACCGUGUGGGGGACAGCGGUGCGCGUCCUCUCAGCACCUCGAGCUUCGCGAGCAUCAAGAGCAACCGUGCACCGCCUCCGCCACCCGUCACAAUUCCAGUAGCCGCGCGUACUCCUGGCGUCACAGGUGCUCCGGACUCGGCACCCAGCAGCGCCGCGAGCUCUACCCGCUCGGCCGGCAAGAAGUUCGGCCCGAAGAAGAGCAACUCGAUCUCUAGAAAGCCGGUUCCAGCUGUCGACGCGGUGCUGCUAAGCAAUCCGGACCAGCUGUUGGCGCGCACACCUGCUAGGAAGAGCAGUUUACGUCGCGUCGUCGAGGCCAGCGUGUCACCGCAGCUUUCUUCUUCGCCUAGCGUGGGUGGGGCGACCGAGCUGCUGGCUGCCCCCGAGGCCCUCAAGCCGCCCCCGCUGCGUGACUCGCCGCGCUCUUCCACGCCCCGCCUUCCCGCCUCACCUGCUUUCGGCACGCCUCCUACAGCGACUGAUUCGCUCGACAUUGAUGGCGGCAUGCCGCAGACCAUCAGCCCGAGCCCGAAGCCGCGAUCCGUGCGCUCCGCAUCAGGGUCGUCAACAUCGAGCCCUCUCGUCCGUGCUGCAAGCGUACGCGGGAGCCCGCGUCCGGGGUCACCAGCACAACUUGAACGCUCCAGAAGUCUCAAGGGCAGAGAGCUCCGACCUGAGAUCCUACCAGGCGAGGGGCGUACUGUGCGCGGCAUCGAUCUUUCCGCGGUCGGGAGUGACGUUGUCGGUUUGGCCCCUGCGAUUGUUGCUCCAACUGCCAUCGCACCAGCAUGGAGGCCCCAGACACCGCAGACACAGACUCGUGCUGCUCUCGAGGACGCAUCUUCACCAUACAGCAUCCUCUCCUCUCCGCAUUCCGUGGACGCCAUGGAGAUGAACGAAGCGCCAUCCUUUGCCUCGGCGCAGGUCGUCACGGCCAAACCAGCCCUUGCUAGAGUCUUGUCCCUCUCCAACGGGCAGGUAACCAACAUCACCCCUGACUCGGCGAGGUCAGUCAAGACGAGACCCCUGUCGUCGCCGGUCAGCCCGUCUCGCCGCAUUCCGGGUCAUGCCAAGUCUUCAUCAGAGUCUGAGACCACUACGCCAUCCAAGUCGCCAGCGCUGCUCUCUACGUCUGCGACGCACAUACAGCCGCGAGGGAUUGGCCUAGGCUUCGUCCCCGCGUACGAGGACGAGGUGGAGCGCAUCACGGUCGAGGAUGACGAGAUUGACACCCCGUCCAAGGCGUCGUCCAGGGCACCCUCUACGGAGAGCCCAGGUUCGAGGAACGUUGUGGACCUUGGCAGCGAGGGGAGCACCCCUGUCCAGUCCGUUACGGCGACCAUGCCGGUGCACCGCUCGCCGCCUAGUCGCCAGCGCGAUCUGCCACCCAUUCCCCCCACGCCAAAGUCUCAACUGGCCCCUCCAGCGACGAUACCAACAGCUAGUGCCACACCGAUGCGGCAUGUGGUGCGCCGCACAACGUCAUCCAAGUUCCGCCUGCCGUUCCGCUCGCCGCACCCAGCGGCAGACGACGACGACCUCAGCCCGCCGAUGUCGCCAACCUCGGCACGCCUCCGCUCGCACAGCAUCACCAACGCGUUUCGCAGACGCCGCAACACAAACUCGGGCACGCCGCCCGGCUCGCCGCCGGUGCGCAACUCGCUCGUCUCGUCCAACUCGACCUCGGAGGACCACUCGACGCUUCCUUACGAGUACGGCUUACAGGGUCUUGGCUUAAGCAGCUUUGCGCUCGCGCCAAGCGCGUAUCGCACGCCGGGUGGCGGCAUCGGCUAUACGCCGCCAAAAAUGGAGCGCAAGUUGAGCAUGACAGCGCAGGAGGCGUUUGCGUCCGCGCGUGAACGACAGGCGCUCGAGCAGGCGGCGCAGCUCGAGGCAUUCCGGAAGAGCGAAAAGGCGCGUUCGCUGUCGCACACGUCGUCUGCGAACCCGACCUCACGCGUGACCAGCUUGGCGAUGAGCAGCGAGUUCAUGUCCGAAGAGUCGCACUACGACGAUGCAAGCGAUGAGGUUCCGCAGUCGCUGAGUCUUGCGAUGGUUACUGUCGCCGGCACCGAGCCGGUAGCCUCGCCCGUUGAGCAGCUCGCGGCUGCGGCCAGCGCGGCCCGCCUGAACAGACAUGGGACGCGGUUCUCGCCCUCGUCGACGGCUGCUGGCGACGACGGGCUUGGCGAGAGGCAGCCUGCAAACGAAGCGGCCCUUGCGGAGCCGCGCCGGGGCAGCCUGAGAGGGGAUGACGAGUUCCACGAUGCCGUGUCGCAGAUGGAAGACGACUUCACCGACAGCGAUAGCGAGCUCGAGCUGAACGGCUUCAAUCAUGAUCUCGAUGCCGCGGCUGCUGAGCGCGAGAAGGUCGAGCGUGCGCACCAUGAGGCGGCUGAACGUGCAGAGCUUGCCGAGCGUGAGGAACGUGAGGUGGCUGAACGUGCCGAAGCCGAACGCUUAGAGUACGAGGCGGCUGAACGCGAGGCGGCGGAACACGCUAGGCGCGAGGAGGCUGAAUUCGAGGCAGCCGACCUCGCCAGACGCGAGGCGGGAGACCUCCGAGUCCAGGAAGAGCGCGAGGCCGAGGAGCUCCGGCUCCAGGAAGAACGCGAGGCCAUCCUCGUCGCCGAGACGCGCCGCCUUGAGAAGGAGCGCUUGUACAUGGAAGCGGCGCGGAUAGAGGAGGACCGCAUUGCAGCCAAGGACGAAGAGGAGCGCCUGGCCUCGCUUCUUCGCGCGGAGGAGGAGGAGCGGCGUGCCGCAGCCGACGCCGAACGACGUGUCCGUGAAGAGCACGAAGCCGAAGAAGCGCGUCUGGUGCAAGAACGCCGCCUCGCUGAGAUGGAAGAACGUUUAGCUGCUCAGCAAGAGGAAGCGCGCUUAGCUGCCGAACGUGAAGCCGAGCGCGAGGCAGCCGAGCGUGCAGAGGAACAGCGUCUCGAAGCCGAGCGAGCGGAACAGGAACGUGCCACCAUCGCCGCCGCCAAAGCCGAGCAAGAACGCUUCGAACGCUCGGCCCGCGAACGUGACGAAGUCACCCGCCAACUACAGGGUGGCAAGUCUGACGGCGGCGUCAUGCUCCGCGGCUGGGUGACGGUCCAGACGAUGAACUCGCCGACCUGGCGCCGGCGAUACUUCCACCUCUUAGCGAGCGAACUGCGUCUCUUCAAGAGCGACAGCGAGAGCGAUACCGGCCGCGCGUUAACGACCGUCCCCCUUGGGAAUGCCAAGAUUAGCGAGGCGUACGAGGAGAGCGCGGUGCAGGGGAGUUGGAAGGUUGAGGCGGGGAAUAAGGAGUUUUACAUGUUUGCGGAUAGCGUUGAUGACCGCGCGACCGUGUUGCAGGGACUCGUUAUUGCUAUUGGGUAA